UUCCUCAUUCCUUCGAUUCCCUAUUUCUUAACCAACACGACGAAGUUUCUGAAUUGUGAGAGAACAAAAACCUCUCAAUUCCCAAAUUGUACGAACCCAACAAAAUGGAUUACGAGCUGAGGAGAGCGAGAGAGAAGCUGAACAAGGAGCAGCACGAGAGGAAAGAGAUUGCCAGGAAGAGAUUGGAGAGGGAGAGAAAGGCCAAAGAAGAAGCCAGGAAGCAAAGAGAAGCCCUUGACGCUGAGAGAUCCAGACGCAUCUUCGAUGCCGAACAAGCCCAGAUUAAGGUUGAUCAAGAAGUGCAGGAAAGUUUACUUGUGGGACGAGGAAUUGUGUUCUAUCGUGUGUUGGAAGCGGUAGCUUGUCAGGGUAGUGGAGAUAAGAUCAAGCUGCCAUCUUCAUGCUUCAAUGAAUUGUCGGAAGGAGGUGCUUUUGAUAAGGGACCAUUGUAUUUUAAGUUAUCGGUAGUUCAUCAGGAGGGUUCUUCGGGCAUGGUUGAUGAGAAGGAAAAGAGCCCGAGCACACAUUCAGGUGUUUUGGAGUUCACAGCUGAUGAAGGUUUUGUUGGGCUUCCUCCUCAUGUAUGGCAGAAUUUAUUUCCAGGGAAUACACCAGCGAUCCCUUUGAUAGAAGUUCGCUAUGUCUGGCUGCCUAAAGGAACUUACGCCAAACUUCAACCUCUUAGGGUAGGCUUCUCAGACUUGCCUAACCACAAGGCCAUCCUCGAAACAAGCCUUCGCCAGCAUGCCACCCUUUCUGAAGAUGACAUAUUUAUAGUCAACUAUGGGGACCUGGUAUAUAAGUUACAGGUUCUUGAAUUAAAACCCUCUUCAAGUGUAUCUGUUCUAGAAACAGAUAUUGAAGUCGACAUAGUUGGUCCUGAUGCCGCUGUGGAGAACACUCAUGAUAAUGUGCUAAAACCACUUACAUUUGGAAAAUCGGAAUUUGGAAUGGUCGACGAAGGGCACUACACAUAUUACAAGUUCUCAAUAGAUAAUGCUACUUGGGAGAAAAUUGCUUCUGGGGAUGCCAAAUUUGAGGUCAGGAUAGAACCAGAGACAAAUUCUGGGGAUAGUGAUAUCUACAUAUCUAAGCAUCCUCUCAUAUUCCCUACCAGGCACCAGCAUGAAUGGUCAUCCCAUGACAUUGGUUCGAAGACUUUGAUCCUUAGUUCAAAAGAUAAGAGCUUGGAGGCAGGAACUUACACGCUUGGUGUUUAUGGCUUUAAGGGAAAAACUAAGUACCAUGUAUCUGUGAAUGUUCAAGAUGUCAGGAAUCAGAAGGUAGGCCAGAAGGUUGCGUCUUCCUCAUCAUCAAUGGAUGUGGAUACUGUAGAGUGUAAGAAUUGUAAGCGUUAUAUACCCAGUCGGAGUAUUGCACUCCAUGAAGCAUAUUGUAGCAGAAACAAUGUUGUUUGUCAGCAUACUGGUUGUGGAGUUGUUCUUAGGGUUGAGGAGGCCAAGAAUCAUGUGCAUUGUCAAAAAUGUGGACAGCCUUUUCAUCAGGAAGAGAUGGAGAAGCACGUGAAAGUGUUCCAUGAGCCGCUUCACUGCCCCUGUGGUAUUGUGCUUGAGAAGGAAGAGAUGGUGCAACAUCAAGCCUCAGUUUGCCCCCUGCGCCUUGUUCCGUGUCGAUUCUGUGGGGACAUGGUUCAAGCCGGAAGUUCUGCUAUUGAUGUUCGGGACAAGUUAAGAGGAUUGUCUGAGCAUGAGAGUGUCUGUGGGUCGAGGACUGCCCCGUGCGAUUCAUGCGGGCGUUCCGUGAUGUUGAAGGACAUGGACAUCCACCGCGUUGCCGUCCAUCAAAAGAACUAAGGUGAGUCAAAUGUGAGUUUCGCCAGUGCCUGCAUUGUCAAAGUCUGCUUGUUGUGUUUUAUGUUCUUGUAAAGUUGAAGGGAAUAAAUGAAUUAUUUGUAUCCUUUUGUGCAUGUGAACUGUACCAGUGAGUUUAUAAUCGCUUGAAGUUGCAAAGAUUCAAUGGAUAUGGGGUCGUUUGCGUUAGAAA